UCACAUCAUCUUCCUGAGUCUGACUCCGUCGCUGCUUUUCUCCUGAGAGGGCACUGCUUAACCAAACCUGCAAAAUGUGCAACAAAUUUGUGGGGUCCUGGAAACUGGUCUCUAGUGAAAACUUUGAUGAUUACAUGAAAGAACUGGGUGUCGGGCUGGCCACCCGAAAACUUGGCAGCCUGGCCAAGCCUAAGGUUAUAAUCAGCAUGAAGGGUGAUGUGGUAACCAUCCGAACAGAAAGUGCCUUCAAAAACACAGAGAUCACUUUUAAGUUGGGCCAAGAAUUUGAAGAAACCACAGCUGAUAACAGGAAAACCAAGACAAUCUUAACUUUAGACAAAGGCUCAUUGGUUCAAGUACAGAAGUGGAAUGGCAAGGAGUCAACCAUAAGAAGAAAACUAGCUGAUGGGAAAAUGGUGGUGGAAUGCAUCAUGAAAGGAGUCACCUGCAGACGAGUCUAUGAGAGAAUGUGAGGAAUCUCCCCGUGUCCAGUAGAUUGAAUUUAGGUCCUCAGAUCCACGUUAUUUAUGUGGAGGAAAUAAGACUGUCCACCAUGUUCUUUUGUCUUCCUUACUUCCUUUUACUAAGGAGCAACUAUGCUAUAAACAUAUAUUUUAAAACUCACUGUACAAGUAGUGUGAAAGUAUUUGUGAUUCAAUAAAUGCUCAUUAAUGUAAGAAUCAGAAGUAUGUUGUUUCAGUGCAGCAGUGUUUUAGAACUGAUCCUUCAGUAUUUUUCCACAGUAACACUGCAUUGUCUCAAUACAGAGGGUCAGUCCAUCCGUAGCUAUAACUAAGGUUGCCAGCCUCCAGGUAGUGGCUGGAGAUCUCCCAGAAUUAUAACUGAUCUCCAGACAACAGAUAUCUCUUCCCUUGGAGAGAAGAGAGCCAGCAAGAGAGUCGAAUUGAAGCAAGAUAGACUGCAAAAUCAGAGUUAACUUCUAGAGGUUUUCAGGGCUCCACCAUUUAGACAGCAGCCUGAAGAAGUCAGAAGAAACAGACAGCAACCUAGGUGAUCUGUAGCCACUUC